CCAAGUUUGAAGGCGAUUCUGUUGGGUUGUGUUGUGUUGUGUGUGUCUGUGACUGCGUGGUAUUUAGGGUUUCUCGAUCUUCGUCAAUAAUCUUCUCCUUCUUCACCAAUUCAGGGUUUUAGUCUUCCCAAUACAGGGAGGGAGGGAACCAGGAUUUUUCCUUUGAACAACUAUGCGACCUUCAUGGGCUGAUUUGGCUGCAAAUUCAGCAGCUGAAAAUGCACCUACUGCUUCAUCUGCAAACAAUGCUAACACUCUAGCUCCCUCGCGACCUGUUUAUGUGCCUCCGCAUCUGAGGAAUCGUCCACCAUCAGCAGAAUCCCCUGCUCCAGUACAGACUGGCACUGCAUCUGCUUCUAGUAAUGCUGGAUCACGAUGGGCUGGGCCCAGAAAUGAUUACCGUUCUGGGGGGGUUGGUGGUGGUGGCAGUAGCAGUGGCAGUGGCCGCACAAGUGGAUGGGGGAACAGAACUGGUGGUGGUGGUGGUUGGGAUCGUGGAAGGGACCGUGAAGUUAAUCCCUUUGGUGAUCAGGAUGAUGCAGAAGAGGCAUUAAGUGAGCAGGAGAAUACUGGAAUUAAUUUUGAUGCAUAUGAAGACAUUCCAGUGGAGAUCAGUGGUGAGAAUGUGCCUCCGCCCGUGAAUACAUUUGCAGAGAUUGACUUGGGGGAAGCACUUAAUUUGAAUAUAAGACGGUGCAAAUAUGUGAAGCCAACACCUGUUCAGCGGCAUGCCAUACCUAUCUCCCUUGCUGGAAGGGACUUGAUGGCUUGUGCGCAGACUGGUUCUGGAAAGACAGCUGCUUUCUGUUUCCCAAUUAUCUGUGGAAUUAUGAGGGGCCAACCCGUGCAAAGGCCACCUCGCGGGGUGCGUACAGUGUAUCCACUUGCACUUGUUCUCUCACCAACUAGGGAGCUAUCUAUGCAAAUACAUGAAGAGGCUAGGAAGUUUUCAUACCAGACAGGGGUUAGGGUGGUUGUUGCUUAUGGCGGAGCUCCAAUAAACCAGCAGCUACGGGAUCUUGAGAGAGGGGUGGACAUUCUUGUUGCAACUCCAGGAAGACUGGUUGAUUUGCUGGAGAGAGCUAGAGUUUCACUGCAGAUGAUAAGAUAUUUGGCCUUAGAUGAGGCAGAUAGGAUGCUGGAUAUGGGUUUUGAACCGCAAAUAAGGAAGAUUGUAGAACAAAUGGACAUGCCUCCGCAAGGUGUUAGACAGACCGUGCUGUUCAGUGCCACAUUUCCAAAAGAGAUACAGAGACUAGCAGCUGAUUUCCUUUCAAAGUAUAUUUUUCUGGCUGUGGGAAGAGUGGGCUCAAGUACUGAUUUGAUUGUCCAAAGAGUUGAGUAUGUUCAAGAGUCUGACAAAAGAAGUCACCUCAUGGACCUUCUUCAUGCGCAGAGGGCAAAUGGUGUACAAGGAAAGCAAGCUUUGACUUUGGUGUUUGUUGAGACAAAGAAGGGAGCUGAUGCUCUGGAACACUGGUUGACUCUUAAUAAAUUUCCAGCAACUACUAUUCAUGGUGACAGGUCACAACAGGAAAGAGAAUUGGCAUUAAGGUCAUUUAAAAGUGGCAAUACCCCAAUAUUGGUUGCUACGGAUGUGGCUGCGCGUGGUCUUGAUAUUCCUCAUGUUGCUCAUGUAGUUAACUUUGACCUUCCUAAUGAUAUUGAUGAUUAUGUACACCGAAUUGGAAGGACAGGGCGAGCAGGAAAGAAAGGCCUUGCAACUGCAUUCUUCAAUGACAACAAUGCAUCUCUAGCAAGGGCUUUAGCAGAACUGAUGCAAGAAGCACAUCAAGAAGUACCUGCAUGGCUCUCGCGUUAUGCUGCUCGAUCUUCCUUUGGUGGAGGAAGGAACCGUAGAUCAGGAGGAGGCCGUUUUGGUGGCCGUGACUUUCGAAGAGAAGGUUCAUUUAGCAGGGGUGGUUCUGAUUACUAUGGUGCAGGAAACAGCAGUGGUGGUGGUGGUGGAUAUGGGGCUUCUGGUGGGUAUGCUGGAGGAUACGGUUCUGGGGUAACCAGUGCAUGGGAUUGAUUUUUAAGUUUUGAUGUCAUUAUAUACUGUCUUAGGUAUUAGGUGUGGACAUAUACCUAUAGGAUGCUUUUUCUUCUUUUUAAUCUUUCUUUCAAGUUUAUGGUCGUAAUUUACUUCUUUUGCCCUCCUAGUGUUUCAAGCCAACAUCAUUUUGUACGUUUUACAAUGCUAAUCAUUAAGGGAGCUGGGGGUGUGUAUGUGGUAUGUUCCCACAUCAAUAGAGCUUGUGUAGUGUUGGUAGGUGUUGGCAAUUGCGAUUACUAACAUAUUAGUAGUUUAUUUUUGACAACUUUCUGUACUCUUCAUUUGGGUGGUUAUUUGGUGGGAGAAUGGUUGUAGAAUAUGCAGUGGGAGAGGUGGAGGCUUUCCUUUACAGUUGUAUCUAUUUAUCUCUUGAUCAUGUUUCUACCCAAUAUAUGUUACCAUUUUAACAUUGUCUAUUUUUAUGGCCUAAGGUUUUGUAAUAUUUUAGUGGUGACUGAAAUGAAUGAAAAAUUUUCUUACCA